GGCAGCGGCGGGGGUGUUCGGGUGGUGUGCGCGCCUGUGGGGCGCAGGCUCGGCAGCGGCGGCGGCGCGGCGGCUCAGUCUACGGCGGCAGCGGCCCGUCUGGAGCGGCCGCGGUGAGGACGCCAGCUGCGGCUGGGGAGGCGCAGCCGGGACUGCGCGCUCCGCGGAGCCGGCGGGGACCGGGAACAGGUGAUCCCAGCAGGAACCCGGAGCCCUACCGAGUUGGCUGGGCGGGAGCCCGCACUCCCGGGCGCAGCUGCAGCCGCCCCGCCGCGGCUGGUCGCGAAAGGCGCCGGGCUCCAGACAGGGGGCCCGGCAUCCCUCCGCUCCCGGGGGCCCGGGAAGACCCUGCUCCGCAAGCUCAGAAGUGCCUGCCCUCUCUCCCCGGAGCCCGCUCUGCGGCGGAGCAAAGUUGUAGACGUGUCCCUAUAGCCGAGCCCCGGCACUGUCGCGACCCGGCCGGGCCGGCGCGCUCUCGGAGCGCAGCUGACACGCCGGCCCCGCCGCCACCUCUCCCCCGGAGCCGACCCCCUCUGGAAACUGCUUCUGAGGCUAAAACUUUGGGCCGAGGGGCUGAGGGCGGCUCGGAACGGGGACGAGGCCUGCGUGCGCCCCUCCGCGCCGACAGCCUGGGCGCCGCGGACGGCAUGUGACGGCCCCGGCGGCCGCCGCAGCGCGGGAAAGCGCGGGCCCCGCGGGCUCCGGCCGCUGCGAGGAGGGGCCGCGCGGCGGCCGGAGGGAAGGCUGCGGCGCGCGGUCGACCCCUGCGGGCCCGGGCCCCGAGCCGUACCGCCUCGCUCGCCCGGGCCCCGCCGAGGCUGCUGCUCCCCCGUCCCGGCGCGGGAGGACUCGCUCCAAACUCCCUGAACUUCAGGAGCAGCCCCCGCAGGGCGAAACUCUCAGGGGCCCCCACCCCGGGCGGCGCCCUUCGACGACCUCCCCUCGCCGAGCCCCCUGCUGACAAGUGCCUGGACUCCCAGGGCCUCAGGGGCCCGGCUGGAUCUGACUGUCCCCAGCCCCGUGUCCGGCAACGAUGCUCAUGAGGAAAGUGCCCGGCUUCGUCCCGGCCUCCCCGUGGGGGCUGCGGCUGCCGCAGAAGUUCCUCUUCCUUCUCUUCCUCUCCGGCCUCGUCACCCUGUGCUUUGGGGCCCUGUUCUUGCUGCCCAACUCCUCUCGCCUCAAGCGCCUCUUCCUGGCCCCCCGGACCCAGCAGCCCGGCCUGGAGGCAGUGGCGCAAGUCGCCGGCCACCCCCUGACCCGCGAGCAGGAGUCGCCUCCGAACCCGGCCCCCGCGGCUCCAGCCCCGGGUGAGGACGACCCCAGGAGCCAAGCCAGUCCCCGCCGCAGGAAAGGGUGGCUGCGGCGCACCCGCCCCACCGGGCCGCGGGAGGAGGCCACAGCGGCCCGGGCCAGCAGCGCCACGGCCCUCAGACCGCAGGAGGGGAGCAUCUCCUCUAGCUUUGACUUCAACGCCUUCCGAAGCCGCCUCCGCCACCCGGUCCUGGGCACUAGGGCCGACAAGAGUAAGGAGCCCCAGAGCCUAGUUCAAAGCCAGCGGGAGAAAAUCAAGGAGAUGAUGCAGUUCGCCUGGCAGAGCUACAAGCGCUAUGCAAUGGGGAAAAACGAGCUCCGGCCCCUCACAAGAGACGGCUACGAGGGCAACAUGUUCGGAGGCCUCAGUGGGGCAACGGUCAUUGAUUCCCUCGACACCCUCUACCUCAUGGAGCUGAAGGAGGAGUUCCAGGAGGCCAAGGCCUGGGUGGAAGAGAGCUUCCACCUGAACGUGAGUGGAGAAGCAUCCUUGUUCGAAGUGAACAUCAGGUACAUCGGAGGACUUCUCUCGGCCUUCUACCUGACGGGAGAGGAGGUGUUCCGAAUAAAGGCCAUCAAGCUGGGGGAGAAACUCCUGCCGGCCUUCGAUACCCCCACGGGAAUCCCUAAAGGCGUGGUGAACUUCAAAAGCGGCUCCAACAGGAGCUGGGGCUGGGCCGUGGCAGGGGGCAGCAGCAUCCUGGCGGAGUUUGGAUCCCUGCACUUGGAGUUCUUACACCUCACCCAGCUCUCUGGCAACCAGGUCUUCGCAGAAAAGGUCAGGAACAUCCGAAAGGUCCUUAGGGAUAUUGACAAGCCCUUCGGCCUCUACCCCAACUUCCUCAGCCCGGUGAGCGGGAACUGGAUGCAACACCAUGUCUCGGUUGGAGGACUCGGGGACAGUUUUUACGAAUAUUUGAUCAAAUCCUGGCUGAUGUCGGCCAAGACAGAUAUGGAGGCUAAAGAUAUGUACUACGAAGCCUUGGAGGCAAUAGAGACCCACUUGCUGAAUGUCUCUCCCGGGGGGCUGACCUACAUUGCUGAGUGGCGAGGGGGGAUUCUGGACCACAAGAUGGGGCACCUGGCCUGUUUCUCCGGGGGCAUGAUCGCCCUCGGCGCUGAGGAUGCCAAGGAAGAAAAGAGGGCCCACUACCGGGAGCUCGCAGCCCAGAUCACCAAGACGUGCCACGAAUCGUACGCCCGCUCAGGAAGUGCUUGGCCCACGCCUUCAGCCAGCAGCAUGGGAGGCGUUUGUUAGCAGUCCACCGAAAACGUGUCUGUGAGCGCGCCAGUGGAAUCCAGAGCUCCUGGAGCUGUUUUCAGGAAGCCAGCAAUUCGCAGUGGGUCCUUAAAACCGGUCUUCAAUUCCCUUCAAAGAGCUCUGCCAGCACCACAAACAAAUAGGAAAUCUCAGGAAUAAUAAAAGCUUGCUAUUUGUCGGGGACAAUCAGCCCAGACCAUAAAAGGCAGUCGCUUAGUAAAGCAUGUUGUUACAACCAGCCCGGCUCGUCCACGGAUGGCUGCAGCAAUCGCUCUUGCCCUCACCCCAUUAGCAGCUUGGCGAAACGGCUGUGUUCUGAUGGCCAAGAGCAGCUGUGCCAUCUGAGAGGAUCAGAGGAGCCAGGAUCUGCCUAAUUCCUCUUCCAUGAAGCCCUCCAUGAAUGAGUAGGCUGUCCUGCAAAGCUCCAAUAUGUCUCUGAGAAAAAGCAGCCCAGGGCCUCUUGGGGUCCUGAGCCCUAAUGGGAGGUGGGGGGCCCACAUUAGGACCAGAGCUGGGCCCUCCGCUGACCUGACAGGAUAUGCAGGCAUUAAAGGGAGGAUGGAUCUGACCCACAUACCCUAAAUUUUGGACCUAAAGAGUCAGACCCAGGGGAGAAAGAGAGAGAGGACAGCCUGGGGAGAGGGCAUCAGACAGAUCCAGGGUCACAUCCCAGCUCGGCCACAACUUGCUGUGUUACCUUGGACAAAUUACAUAGCCUCUCUGAUCCUCAGUUUCCACAUGUGCGAGAGGCAGGUAAAAGUAUCUGCCUUACCAAAACAACAUUUUUUAAGGAUUGCAAUAAAUGUGUGUAAAGCACCCAGCACAGCCCUUGAACUCCUAAAUGGUGGCUGCAGUGGUGGCUAUAAUGGUGGUCAUCCAGAAAACAGGAACAGCAGCAAACUGACCGAAACCAAACAAUGACAACAAAACCCAGACCUCGUCAGGCCUUCUUUAUUCAGCUCCCUCUGCCUGAAUACGUGCCUUCUGGGCGAAUCUUCCCUCACCUCCACCUCAGCAGUCUCCCAAACUGUCAGCUCUGGAAGGCUGGUUCUGGGACGUGUCAAAAGCAGUUCCCAGAGAAAGGGGGUCUGUGGAGAAGCAUCAUGGCAAUAUUAGCAAAUUAAAGGGUCUGGUAAGUCCUGUAGACAGGAGGCUCUCACUCUGUCUAACCCACUGUUCCCCAAAUGUGCUUAAAACUCCAACCCCUUCUUGGCCGAGCACUGGUUAACACCCUGCAGGGCUAAUGUCUCACCCAAACGUUUGUCUCCCCGGACUGCUGGGAAGUUCAUUUGGAUUCUCAGGGUCUAAACUGCAGACGUUUCGCGGCCUAAGGGCGUUGCUUUGGCCAGCCCAUGCCAGCCCAUCACCAGCCGGCCCCGGCCAGGGCUACCACGCCACUUCCGUCUCUCCUGGGGCACUGGGAUCCCGAAGAGCAGGAGGUCUGACCCAGGCCCCCUGGUUGGUCAUUCCUGCAGAUACCAAACUGGGGCCCGAAGCCUUCUGGUUUAACUCAGGCAGAGAGGCCGUGGCCACGCAGACGAGCGAGAGCUACUACAUCCUGCGGCCCGAGGUGGUGGAGAGUUACAUGUACCU